CUCUGGCAACCAGCGGAAACACAACACUCGAGUCUCGCACGUCUCUACAACCUUGUGUGUUUGUAGUGAACGGAAGGAAACGGGUGCAUUUUUAAAGUACGACAACAAUGAGCAGUAAGCGUGUUCCUCGCUUCCAAAGGACUUCACAUGUAUCUGGGAGACAGUAGUAUGGAAUAUCUCGAGUCAGUCAGACAGCUCGGCUGAACAAAGAGCGGCGGUGAGGAGCAGCAGCAGAAGUGCAAUGGCUACUCGGGCGCAGAGGCGAGUUGCCCCGAGCAUGAAGCGGGAGCAGCACGACGACGACUCCGACACCGAGGAGACCCACCUCGGGCUGGGAUUGAAGAAAUCAGACGGGCGAGAGACGCAGAUCAUCCACAGCGGUCAUUUUAUGGUCUCAACUCCUCACAUCGAACAUCCCCCGAAGAAAGGCUACGACUUCGACACUGUUAAUAAACAAACUUGUCAGACUUAUCACUUCGGCAAGGCGAGCGCAUCCCAUCUCUCCAUCGACGCGUCUCUCACCAAACUUUUCGAGUGCAUGACCCUCGCCUACAGUGGGAGAUUGGUGUCGCCAAAAUGGAAAAAUUUCAAAGGCCUGAAACUUCUUUGGAGAGACAAGAUUCGCCUCAACAAUGCCAUCUGGAGGGCUUGGUACAUUCAGUAUGUGGAGAAAAGAGAGAACCCGGUCUGCCAUUUUGUUACGCCUUUGGAUGGGACCAUGGAUUCAGGAGUCCAUCGACCUGCAGAGGCAAUAGCUACAGAAGGAAAAUACUGGAAGAGAAGAAUCGAAAUUGUUCUCCGAGAGUACCAUAAGUGGAGGACAUACUUCAAGAAAAGGUUACAGAAGCACAAAGAUGAUGAUCUUUCCAGCCUGCUUAAGGGGGCAGAGGAGCAGUUCUCGCUUUUUGGCGAAGUACAUCCCGACAUCCUUCGUAUGCCCUUCUGCCAGGAUGAUGAGGCAGCAGUGUGCACCCGCUACACCUCCCGCAGGAGCCGGGAUUCUCCUAUACCAAUGGAGAUGGAUCCCAUCUUCGACAUGGAUGUGCUCAUGUCUGAGUUCUCUGACACGCUCUUCUCUACACUUUCUUCUCACCACCCCAUCGCUUGGCCUAAUCCUAGAGAGAUCGCACAUGCAGGUAAUGCAGACAUGAUCCAGCCUGGCCUCAUCCCACUCCAGCCCAACUUGGACUUCAUGGACACUUUUGAGCCUCUUCAAGAUCUGUUUCACACCCUGCGUCAGCCCACAACCUACCCCACAACCUCACCCACUGCCCCAACCACCACUCCCUUAUCCAGCAGCAGUAACAGCACCCAAACACAGACUUCAUUGUUAUCUCCAAUGAACUUGCCCUCAGAGCUGUCCAUCUCAUUGACCCCAAGUCCUCCUUCAAUACCCAGUCAAGAUAGCAUAAGCUCUGUAGGCCCUGCCUACCAACAGGACUAUAUGCCACUUUUCACAGAACAGAUACCGCCCUCAGCUACUUCGACCCCUGUCAUGCCACCCCCGGCCCCCCUGCCUCCUCCACCCUCUCACUCACUGCGGUGUCAGGCUGUUGGCGUUGUCCCUCAGAGCUCGUCUCCAUGCACGGUCACACACACUGGCCCUUCCUCAGUGACACCCAGCACCACUGCCACCCACAGGCCAUCCUUUGCCCUUUCACCCAGGCCUUCUCGUCAAGAUCAGGCCCUCUCAUGUAUCUCUUUGCCCCCCCAGCCUCAGAGCUUUGCCAUGCCACGACCCAUCCAGCCUGCUGGCUCUGCUAAAAAGAGCCGCCACGUGCCCAUAGUCCCUGCCACUCCAGUUCCAUCACCUCACCUUAUACUGACAGGACCUGCUGGCACUGUUCUCGUCACGCCGUCCUCGCUUAAAACUGACGUGGCCUCUACUGCUGGUGUGGUUAUCACCUCCACCAGUAUUCCACGUGGGUCUGGCUUUCACAUUCUCCCACCAAGUCAGAAUUCUGCUCAGCAUAUUGUGCCUAAAGAGGAAACAACCUUAUCCAAUAAUAAGAGCUCAGUUUCAGCAACUUGCACAGCAUUAGAUGGGCGAACAUCUGGUCAGGGCUCACCUUUAGGGCCAGAGCAGGUGCCGAGCCCACAGUCUCCACUCAGCAGCUGCACCUCAGGCCUGGCCAAGAACGAGCCCAAUCAGAAUCAUCGUGUGAAACACAAAUCAGCUGAGCAGAAAAGGCGGUCCAACAUCAACAUUGGCUUCAAGACUCUAUGCAGCCUAGUCCCCUCUCUCAAAUCACAGUCAAAUACCAGUAAUGCUACGACCCUUCAGAAAACAGUGGAGUACAUCGGAAAGCUGCAACAAGAGAGGCACCAAAUGCAGGAGGAGAUGAAGAGACUGCGGGAGGAAAUUGAGGAGCUCAAUGCAUCCAUCAAUUUAUGCCAGGAACAACUUCCAGCCACAGGAGUCCCCAUUACACGCCACCGAUUUGAUCACAUGAAGGAGAAGUUUGAUGAGUACGUAAAGAACAGAACUCUGCAGAACUGGAAGUUUUGGAUCUUUAGCAUCAUCAUUAAGCCUCUGUUUGAGUCCUUCAAUGGAAAUGUGUCAACCACCAACAAGAGUGAGCUGUGUGAGACCACCAUGCAGUGGCUCGACCGAGACUGUGCACUGCCCGUCCUCAGACCCAUGGUUUUAGGGACAUUGAGACAACUGAGCACCACCACGUCCAUCUUGACUGACCCAACACUCCUUCCAGAAGAAGCUAAGCAGGCUGUUGUCAACUCAAGACAUCACUCCACGAAGUCCUAACCUUUUACUUGCUUUCAAAUCAUGAUUUAACUUGGAUAUCUCUCACAAAGAUGUAGCGAUUCUGUCGGACGUACUCAAGAGGCUCAAAAGGACAUUGUGAUACCUUUGUGUGUAUCUACAUCUGCUUAAGUGAUAUUUCUCUAAAGUCAGGUGAAUCUUCAUAAAAAUGCGAGAAGAGUGUUGUUCUUUGCUAUCCUCAACGCUUUUAUCGUAGUAAGAGAGAUCCAUAGUUUUGGAUUUUAACAGUGUUAAAAGGGCUGCUAUCGACAUAAUGGACUUUGUUUUAAAGGGAAAUGGAAGUAAAGUGUAAACUUCUAUAAAAGGUGAAAAAGGGAAUAGCUUUAACAGAAUCCACCAGUUGUAGCAAAUGGAUAUCAGUGCACUUGUUUGACAAAUCAAAGGCAAACCUGUUUGAUUUGUAACCCUUAAAAUUAUUUUUGUUGAAUUACUUUUUUUUAUCCAAAGUGAUUUUACAUUUGACAGGAUUUAAUACAAGCAUUAUGAGGGUUAAGUGCUAGGCUCAGGUAGUGGCUGUCUUCCAGUCCAAGGAUUUGAAUGAUCAAUCUUCUGAUCAUUGGCCUUACAGUUAAUUAAGAGUUUCUCACACUACACCUUUACACACCUAUUCCACUGUCAUUGUGAUACUAGCAGGUUACCCGGCGUUGCCUGAGUUUUGUAAAAUUCUGGGUUGCCCCCAGACUUCCAUGUCAAAUUUGGUGAAGAUCCGUCGAGAAAUGGUGAUGUUAAUCCAAGACAAACAAAAAUCCAAACAUCCACCACCCAGGGGCCCACCGGGGACCCCCUGAGGCCCAAAUAUGGAAUUUCUGAAUUCUGACAAAUUGUGGCCAUCUCCAGUACCUACUUGCCAAAUUUGGUGAAAAUCUGUCAAGAAAUGGCUACGUUAGCUCAAGACAAACAAGCAAACAAACUUUGCCGCUUAUUAUAUAGAUGACAGUAUUCUGAAUUUGAUACAAGUCAUGUAAAGAGCAUAUUCCUUUUGGAUGUUCUGAAUUUGGUCUUAUUCCGAAUUUAGCAUUUUCCAAUUAAGAUAUUCUUUGGACAUGUAUACAGCACAUCUGGAACAUGCAUCUCAACUGUGCUUUUAUGGCAGUAUGCGAAAAAUGGGCUCUUGCCUAUUUACAAUCCACUCUGUGCAUUUUACACAAACCAGCUAGAUAAUCGGAAUAUGCACGGCUGCAUGUAAACAGCUUGGUAGGAAUAUUGCCAUUUUCAGAACAAGGGCAAAAACCAGAAUAAUUUUUGCAUGUAAAUGUAGUGAUGGAAACUCUUCUAAUUAACAGUUAUUCGCUGAAGGUAAUGUGAAUAUCAAUGAAUAAUAACUGAGACAAAGUCAAGGUUGCUAUUAUUCACCGAUAUUCACUGAGCCUGAGGCAGAUAAUUGUUUUAAUAUAAAUACACAGGUGAUUAUUAAAAAAAAAAAACCUAUUAAAUGUAAUUUAUUUCAAACUUGAGAAGGGGCACGCAAAUGUAAUGCAUGCAGGCUUGUCACUUAUCUAUGCUGACUCACAAAAAAUAAUUUGUUUUGAAAUCAAUAAAAUAAAUCUCAAUUCCACCUUACCUUUGAGUAGUUUUAGACCAAACAUUGUAGCAUCUUUAGUACUUUUAGGAACAGCAUUUUCUUUCAUAAUUUGUAAUUCUUCCUCACCUAUGGUGACAAAGCGUUUGGCCACCAUUUUGCCGAGUCGCUCAAGGUGAUUAUCGAGAAACAGUCUGAAUUUCUCGACCAAUCAGCACGCACUAUUUCCUAUAAUCACCUCUGUAUUUAUACUAAGCACCAUUAACAGGUGUAGCUUUUUAUUUUAUUUUUCUGGACAUACAGUCUUCUCUGUCUUCCAGCUAAGAGAUUUCUCCGACAAUUAAGCAUAUUUGUGUCAUAUUCUGUUUUUAGAGCAUCAGUCAUGUCAGAUUUAUUCUGAUUUCCUGUUGAACCUUAUAUACAACAGGGCUAUGAGUAAACUUUCUAAAAUGUGUAUCAUCAUAUGCACCAUCUUCAUUUUCUACUUGUUUGUUUGUAGUUGUAAUUCCUGGGUUCUGAAAAAAAAAGAAGAUUCAGUGCUGUUUACUGCUGAAUUGUGUGUGGUGGAAUUUUGACUUCCAAAACGAUUGUCUUAUAGUGGUACAAUCCUGUAUCAUGUAUAUCAGCAUUGAGUUGCAUUUGCUCCUCAGGUGUUUCCAUAACUACCUAAAUUGUUACAUUCUGGGGGGAAAAGUUUGCUUGAGAUGUGUGUGAACCUGUCAUUUUUCGAGUAUGUGGUGUGCAGGUUCUGAUUUAUUGGAAUUAGUUUGAAAAUAAAAAAAGUUUAAAAAUGAA